AAGGAAUUAUCCCCUAAAAUAUAAGGAUAAAAGAAUCUGGAAUCUAGGCCGGACGUGGUGGCUCACGCCUGUAAUACCAGCACUUUGGGAAGCCGAGGCGGGUGGAUCAUUUGCGGUCAGGAGUUUGAGACCAGCCUGUCCAACAUGAUGAAACCCCGUUCUUACUGAAAAUACAAAAAUUAAUUGGGCAGUAGUGGUGUGUGCCUGUAAUCCCAGCUACUCGGGAGGCUGAGGCAGGAGAAUCCCUCGAGCCUGAGAGGUGGAGGUUGCGGUGAGCCGAGAUCGGGCUACUGCACUCCAGUCUGGGAGAGAGAGUGAGACCCUGUCUCAAAAAACUGUAAUCUGAAUUCAAUUUUUCUACAACAUACCCCCAAAGAAAAAAACUUGUCUUGGCCGGGCGCGGUGGCUCGCGCCUGUAAUCUUUGAGAGGCCGAGGCGGGCGGAUCACAAGGUCAGGAGAUCGAGACCAUCCUGGCUAACAUGGUGAAACCCCAUCUCCACUAAAAAUACAAAAAGUUAGCUGGGCCUGGUGGCGGGCGCCUGUAUUCCCAGCUACUCGGGAGGCUGAGGCAGGAGAAUGGCGUGAACCCGGGAGGCGGAGGUUGCAGUGAGCCGAGAUGGCGCCACUGCACUCCAGCCUGGACGACAGAGCGAGACUCCGUCUUAAAAACAAACAAAACUUGUUUUAUACCUCUCCAUAGCUUAGUAUUACUUUUUAACACAAACACCUAUUGUUCUCUGUCUGCAUGCACUGGAAUUGAGGUCUGUGGAUGUGCCUUUCCUGACAAUAUUUCUUCACGCUUGCUGCCCACUGGUGCCGUGAGGGCACAAUAACGAAUGUUUACUUUGCCCUUGCACUGUUCACAUCUGGGAACCGCAAAGGAGCGCGGUGGUCGGACUGUCAGCCUCGCCUCCUAUUCUUUGAUUUCCAGUAACUUAUUUUUGAAAGAUUGCUGGAGGGAAAGGCUCAACGUCUCUUUUGGGAUUUUCCUAAGCAGAAAGACCUCAUCCUAACAAAACUGAGGCGCCAAUCCUACUGGCUGGCAACUUUCGGCAGGGAGGGUGAUUCUAUUUGAAGAUUAAUCCUAACUCUGGGACCCCUUGGGAAUGUCCAGGAGCUAGGAACGCAGCGCCGCGGUCUCUCCAGCCUCUGGUCCCCGGGAGCAGCAGGGCGCCGGUGGAGCAGGUGCCUCUGGGGCCGCACGGAAACCCAGCCAGGCCAGUUCCUCCACUGCGCCGGUAGGCGGCGGAGGCGCUGCGCGUGCGCGCUGCGCAGACGGUAGCUCGAAGACGACGCUCCCAGACUCCUCUGGUCUCCCCGGGCAGCAUGAAGACCGCCGAGAACACCAGAGGAACCGGCAGCGACGGGCCGCGGAAACGAGGCCUCUGCGUCCUCUGCGGCCUCCCCGCGGCAGGAAAAUCGACUUUCGCGCGCGCCCUCGCCCACCGGCUGCAGCAGGAGCAGGGUUGGGCCGUCGGUGUCGUCGCGUAUGAUGACGUCAUGCCCGACGCGUUUCUCGCCGGGGCAAGAGCGCGACCGGCGCCAUCCCAAUGGAAAUUGCUUCGACAGGAACUGUUGAAGUACCUGGAAUACUUCUUGAUGGCUGUCAUUAAUGGGUGUCAGAUGUCUGUCCCACCCAACAGGACUGAAGCCAUGUGGGAAGAUUUUAUAACCUGCUUAAAGGAUCAAGAUCUGAUAUUUUCUGCAGCAUUUGAGGCCCAGUCUUGCUACCUCUUAACAAAAACUGCUGUUUCUAGACCUUUGUUUUUGGUUUUGGAUGACAAUUUUUAUUAUCAGAGUAUGAGAUAUGAAGUCUACCAGCUGGCUCGGAAAUAUUCAUUGGGCUUUUGCCAGCUCUUUUUAGAUUGUCCUCUUGAGACCUGUUUACAGAGGAAUGGCCAGAGGCCACAGGCACUGCCUCCUGAGACCAUCCACCUGAUGGGAAGAAAGCUAGAAAAGCCCAACCCUGAGAAAAAUGCUUGGGAACACAACAGCCUCACAAUUCCGAGUCCAGCAUGUGCUUCAGAGUCCAGCCUGGAGGUGACUGAUUUAUUGCUCACUGCUUUGGAAAAUCCAGUAAAAUAUGCUGAGGACAAUAUGGAACAAAAGGACACAGACAGAAUUAUUUGUUCAACUAACAUUCUUCAUAAAACUGAUCAGACACUCCGAAGGAUUGUAUCUCAGACAAUGAAGGAAGCAAAAGAUGAACAAGUGCUUCCUCACAACUUGAAGCUUCUAGCAGAAGAACUUAACAAGCUCAAAGCAGAGUUUUUGGAAGACCUAAAACAAGGAAACAAAAAAUAUCUGUGCUUUCAUCAAACCAUUGACAUAUCAGAUGUCAUUUCUUUUUUUCAUUAUGAGAAAGAUAAUAUUGUACAGAAAUAUUUUUCAAAGCAGCAUUAAAAUUUCUGAAUUGCCAA